AUGCCUCCAAUACGCGGAAAAAAAGGUCCAGAGCUUGACUGCCUUACCCGGGCUAAGAUCUGCGAAUUACAUGCUACAAAUGGCUGGGGUGCUACAACUAUUAAGAAGCAGCGCUUUCCCGACAUUCCACGCUCAACUAUUCAAUACACCCUUACCCAAGAGGCAAAGCGUCAAAAACAGCAAAGUCUUCCACGCUCAGGCCAACCGAGGAAGCUUACUGAAGAGGAUCGUGACUAUAUCUACGAUACUAUACAAAAAAAGCCUUCAAUUUUGAUCAAGGAUCUACUCGGAGAGGUUGAUUUUAAGGUCCACCGUAUGUCAAUUUGGCGUCUAACCCACGAAAUGGGCCUUCGAAAAUGGAGGAAAACGCAGCGGCCGACCUUAACGCCUACACACGCUGAGAAACGUCUACGCUAG